AAUCAAUAUGAGGCUAGAUGGCCUAGGCUCAAGGACAGAUAUGGCAUUUGUUAUUUGGCAAGGAAUAAUGACAUGAAACCACAAGAAUAUAUCUCUGAGAAAUAUUUAGAUGGUAGAAAUGAACAGAAAAUAUACUUUGUAGUGUUGCAGAUAUGAACAAUUAUCCUUCUAACAGACAAUUUCCAUUUGGCAGGCCAGAAAGUAACAUUGACAAUGUUGGUGCCAGAUUCAACCCACACACUAAUAGGAUGCCUAAUCGUUUUAUUAACAUGCCACCUAGGAUGCCUGCUGGAAGCCAGCCCUACAGCUACAGUGGAAACCGUAUGCAAAACCAAUUUCAACAGAAUAUGCUUCCUUUUGCGGACCAGCCAAGGAUUCCGUUCAGACCUGACUCGUGGCUAUUAGGCAAAGGCCCAAUUUAUCAAGACUCGAGUCGGCCACAAAUGCCCGGGGCUUUCAAUGUACCAAGUAACGUAGCAGAGUUCAAAGGAAGUCAAAAUAUUGAUAUGAACGCAGGAUACCAAGAUAAACAGGGUUUUGGAAGAGCUGAACAUGGUGGGAGAUUGCCAAUGGUGAUGGAUAACUACCCACGAUUUAGAAUGCCAGGCUUCCCCCCACCAGUUCCUUUAAAUAUGUCACUCAAUAGACCACCAUGGUUAGCAAAAGAAGGGUAUGUUGAAGCCACCCCAAUGUCUGAGAAUAGCCCAUCACAGAGUUACCACAGUGAUGAAAAUGUCAAUGAUAAUGAAUUUGUGAAAAAGUGGCUAUCGCAGAGAGAUAUUAAGAGAAGUUCAAUGGAAGUUGAAGGAAAUUGUAAGAUAAGACUUCAACAAUUUCAAGAUGAUUUGAAGAGCUACCUGAAGUGCAUUUCUGAGCUGCAAUUGUGUAGAGAUGUACUGCUACGAUUUGCAAACACAGAUGAAGAUGAAUGGCAAGAGGUUGUUGAGAAGACAGAAAGCAUUAAGGAAAAUUUGCAAGUACUUCAAGCAAAACUUUUUGAAAGUGAUUAUCUUAUGGCAGUCAACAAGAAAUUGAAAAAGGUACAAAAGAAAAGGGAAAGGCAGAGGAAUGCUAGAGAAAGAAGAGCAAAGGAAAAGCUUGAAAAUAAAAGAAGAACUAUUUUGUUACAUAAAAAGAUUGACGAAUGGAGGCAUGAAAUCGUUUCUAAAAUUAAUGCAAAGAAAAUGGUUGACUCGUUGAAGUCAGAUGCUGGUCAGUCUCUGGCAGAGGUGCGAAGGAAGAUUGUUGAUGGUUCAAAGUGGCUGGAAAAGGUAGAUGGGACGGUGGAGUUACGUGGAAUACGGAGACAAACAGCUUUGCAACGAGGUAUCUUCGUCUUUGGGGAUCAGGACAAAAAGUUUGAAGAAAGACUCGGCAAGAUGAGAGAAAUUAUAAAGCAGAGAUUAGAUAUUUACAAAGAUGAAGAGAAAACCUUGAAGGUAAUGCUAGAGGAAGAACACGAGCAACUAAAACGUGAAGACGAUAGCAAACGAAAAGCGCUGAUGGAGAAAGAAUAUUUACGUCUUUUUGGCUACAACCCAUUGCUGGAAUGUCGUCGUUACUGGUUACAGGCUGAAGAGAACCCAAUGUCUUUGGUUCAAAUAAGACGACUUUGGGACGUACAUCUUGUUCCUGAUGGUGACCCAAUUCCUGAUGGAUGGGUUUCACCAGAAAUAAACAAGAACCCGUCAUGGAACAAGUAUUUAAAAAGGAAGAAGUGACACGGUGGAAUACAGGGCAUGAUUUUUGGACAUAUUCGUGUUUUCCUUAUACCAAGCGAACGAAAUCUGGCUCCCUCUAUUAUAUAUGAAUACGAGUAUUGCUUUAACAUUACAAACUAUAUUUUCCAUUGUACAGAACGUUUGUAUAAAUUAGCAUUAUUAUCAUUGAUACAACCCAACCACCGACUGUUUUAAAGGGCUCAUUUUAUACAUACACUCUACACAAAAUAUUUACCAUAUCGUACCUUGUAAGGUCUCAAAAUGUGAAUUUUCUUUUUUAAAACUGCAACUUUUAAUUUGAUUUAUUUUUUCUUGCUAUGAAACAUUUUUUCUUGUUUCCAAUUAAUCCCAAACGCUUUGUAUUUUUAAAUCGAUUAAGCAUUGUUCGUUUCAAACUGGUAGUGCUAAUAUAACAAUGGUUUGGACAGAAAAUGGAUAAAAAGGUUUAAUUUGGCCAAAAAGUAGCAGAUGAGAUUUUAAAUGUGGUCAGUUUAAAGGAGGGAAUUUUUAAGUGACAAAUUGAAGCAUGAAAGUAAAUAGGGAAUGCAAUGUAUCGCUAAAUGCCCUCGAUACUGCUGACACGCUCGUAGAAUUUUAUCUCUGUUUAAUAAUGGAAGAAGCUCAAAAGUUUAUAGCUUUGUUUUCAAAUCGCAGAAAACCUUCUGAGAGGCUCAUGAAAUUCGCUUGGAAGCCUCCAAGCAAGGGUUUGUUCUGCAUGCCUGCAAGUCAUUUCCAAUGUUAAUUUGGGUAGAAAGGUGGGCAUAGGGUGCGACAACCAACUUGGUACUGGUACGAGUCAUUCUAGAGAGCAAAGGAGAAAACAAAGAAGUUGCUAAAAAAGUCGUUCCUGCUUAAACCCUUAAUUCUCACUAAAAACCUCGAGUAAAAGCUUUCAAAAGAUAUCUAGCAAAAAUUUGGUACGCUGUUGUGAAUUUCUGUGUGAAUAUAAAGUAAAAUAAAUGUAAAUGACACAGCAAUGAACAUAAAUUCGAGCCGGAAUAAAUGGGCCCCCAUUUAUUUCUUUAGGGAUUUUUGAAGACCCCCGCUACUUGUAGCAACUUCUUUGUUUCAGAGUCGAAAAUAUUUGAUUAUAAAUUCGGAGCUUCCUUGCAAUCACUUUCAACAAUACUUAAACCAUUUGAAUUAAUCAUUCAUAAGGCUUUUAUAAACAGUGGGUUUGACGAAUAUUUUUUCAACCCCCACCCUUAUUGAUUCCCGACCUCAAAGUAAGGCAGUUUAUGAUUUCCAGCCAAAUUUAAAUAUUUUUUCACUGAAAGAAGGCAGUUCUGCUUUAAUGGGUCUGUAACCA